AAUGAGCCAAAAAGGGUAUUCCUACCCAUCCCCCUCCCACUAACUCGGCCAAGACCAAGGAAAGGAAGAAAGGAAGCUCUGAAACCCCAUUCUCCCAUAUCCACAUCCGAGCUAAGCCCAAGGAGGUCAAAGUCAGAAAUUUAAAGAAGAAGAAGGAAGGAAAAGAUAGGGUGGUUAAGGUAACUUUCACGGAGUUGAAAGGGUUGCCGGAGUUGUCGCCGGAGUUCGUUGAAGUUCGCCGGAGUUUCACCGGAGCUAAAUCGGGAAGGCUAGAACUUCAUAAGCUUCAUUAAGGUUAAGGCUAGAGUCCUACUACCUGCACCUUUGCCUAGGGUGAAUGAUCAAGAAGGAAGACGUGGUUCGUGCUUCCAUUCGUAUUUGAAAUUUAUAAACUGCUCAUGGAUUUUUGAACAAUGUUUUCCUUAAAAUAGUUGGGGGCCUGCGUGCCCGUGUUUGUCACGUGUGGCUAAGUACCAAACAUAUUAUUGAUAGAGUAUAUCUAGAGAGAAGUGAGAGCUAGAGAGAGAGAGAAGUGCAAUAAUAUGCUUCAAUAGAAUGAUUUUGUAACCCCUAUAACUACUCCCAAGGGGAGUAUUUAUAGAGAAAAUACGGGCUGGGCUCCCAAGCCUUGGGCUUGGGAGGCCCAUUUACAACUGGACCGCUACUGGGCCGAAUACAAAGCCACUAAUGGGCUGUACGAAUGAGUAAGUAUAAAAUCCGGUUCUGUGAGGUCUUCGUGGCCGACGAGGGCGUGGCGACGAGGGCACGGCCGACGAGGGCACCCGGGUCCCUUGGGCUCAGGACCAUAAUCUGAGUUGGCACCUUCUCGGCCGACGGGGGUCCCUUGGCCGACGUGGGCGCCACUCGGUGUCUUGUGCUUUCUGUUCUUCCGAGUAUGUGGGUCCAGGGGCUCAGACCCAUAUACUCCAUCAGGAGUCCCCCACUCUCUAAGCUGAGACGUAGACGAAGUGAAGGAGAGUAGAUUCCCGUGCUUUAGUGCUUUUGGCCAAUGCGGGCAUUCCCAGGCCGUUAGCUGUUGCGGCGUUGGCGUUGUUUCCACUUUGGUGAUCCUGUUCUGUGCUUUGGCCGUUACCUGCUCCUCGCUGUGGGCGGGGAGGCCGUUGUUUCAAUGAUGUGUUCGUUUGGGGACGAUGAGUGUCCUACUUCAAUGGUGGCCGUUGAAGGCGCGCUUUCCCUUUCUUGGACGUUGAUAGUUGAAGUUUACAUUUGGGCUGACGAGGCCAUUGAGGUUGAACCUUGUUUCGAGGACGAUGGCGUCCUUUCCUUUGGGUGGCCGAUGAGGGUGUUUGCGCACUCCUUUUGGCCGUCGCUGAUUGGCUUUCGUGUUCUUGGCCGAAGAGCCCCUUAUGGUAAACUGUUGGCAGGGGAUGAUGAAUGUCCUUGCCUUAGGUGGCCUGUUGGCCGUUGUUGAUGAUGUUAUGUGCCUCUGGCCGAUGAGGCGCCGUUGUGAUGCAUGGACGAUGUGGCCAUGCUUUGUGGUUACAUUCAUGUUCUUUGCAUUGUUCUUUUUUGUUUUGUUGAGGCCGGUGUAGUCCCCCAGUCCCCCACUGCUUCAGGCCGAAGAGUGUGAGGGGUGAAGGAGUUGCUUGAGUCUCUGGCCGAAGCGGCCUCUCCAUAGUGCCCCUGAAUCCAACCCUCAUGGCGAUUUUCUUGCCAAGGUAACCCUGUGGGAGAACCCUUGUGCGCAGAUCGCUUGUAAAGAGUUAUCAUCAAGGGUCGUUACGAGGAGCCGAUGGCUGUGGGUUCUUUGUUCCUUUGGUUCUGUGGCCGUUACGGGCGUUCAUUUCGUUCCUGGCCGUUGUCAUAUCCCUAUUGUUGGCAUUUGUGAACUUGGCAAGCAAAAUAGGCCGUUGUGGGCGCUUGCUGGCACUUGUGAAGCCGGCAAGCGUAUAGGCCGUAGAGUCUGUUUUGCCAGUGGGCUCUUGACAUGUAGGUUGGGCUUGGCCCGUUGGUGACGUGGUGGCCUCCCAUUGGUGGCCGUUGAUGUGGCCAUUGGGAGGGUGCCACGUGUAGUGACCGUUGGGUGGGGGGUUCUAUAAAUACCCCUCCCCUUCCGACAAGAAACCUUAUUUGCAUUCUGAGUUGUCGAAGUGCUGGCCAAAUUUCUAGAGAGAUAAACUCCCAAGCUCGUUCUUCGUGUUCUUCGUGUUCAAGGUUAGUGUUCAUCACAAUCUUCUGUACUUUGCAUACUUUGCUUCCUAGGCUAGUGAUCUAGUGUUAGGCGCUUGAACACCCUUAGAUCCUAAGGUAUUCCCCUUAGGCUCGUAGUAGUUGUUAUGAUGAAGAGCUUGAACGAAGACUACUAUCUGUACGACGACCAGCCCUCUACUAGGUCACUCGACUAUGAGGUGCUCGAGGAGUUCGAGGAGGAGAUACAACACUUAAGUCCUUACAAGUCCGGAGAGCCGGUGGACGACGAAGUCGAGGACGAGGAGUCCGCCUCGUCUUCAAAAGGUGAGGACGCAGGUGCGUCCCAAGUGGUGGACGGGGCGUCCACUUCCGCUGUUAUUCCAUGCUCGAGACCGGUGUCUGCCGUGAAGGGAGCAGAUAAGCCGAAGAGAAUAAGGAGGCCGAAGAGUGGGCCGGGCGUUUCCUACCUGGAUCUCACAAACAUCUUCCUGAUCAAGCCGGAGAGCAGCGCGGCCGACUACUUGGUUGCCUAGAUGUACGUGGGGCCGUUCGGGCGGGUUAGGGCACCCAGGCCGACGGACCAUGUUCUUCAUCCGCCACUGGGAUACUUUGGAGUAUACCCGAUGAGUUUUGCCAAGGGGCUGAGGUUUCCCCUUCACCCCUUCAUCACUGAAUACCUUGACAUGGUGGGGCUCCCUCCGGCCUUGUUGACGCCGAACAGCUAUUCAUUGAUGGUGGGGUUUUUGCUCCGCUGUGAGGAGCUGGGCUACAGGCCGACGACGGCUCUGUUCAUGAAUCUGUAUCAGAUAGGCCGAGGAAGCCACAAAAAUUGUGCGGCCUAUGCUACUCUCCAACAGCUGCCGAAGAAGAGGAGCUUCACGGACUUGCCUUCGUCCAUUCAUGGGUGGAAGAGCAAGUUCGUUUUUGUAUCCCUUGGUGAGAGUGGCACCGAGUUUCCCUCUCUCGGCCAUACCGGGAGGUUCAAUCUGCAUGACCCGCCGAAGAGUUCUAUCUUGGACGCUCAGGUGGAGGCUUUCUUGGAAGGGGGGCCGAGGAGCGUGAAGGAUUAUAUCACUGAAUACAAGAUGACCGCCCUCAGCUUCUUAAGAUACCAUGUGUAUGGCGAUAAGGAGGACGAUAUCCAACUCUGGCCGAGGAUGACCACCACCUUCGAAGAGGCCGACGGCCCGGAUUUGGGCAUUCCUGCUGAGGCCGAUGAUUUUGUCAUGGAUCGUCGUUCCAUCAUGGCUAUAGCCAAGGCCAAAGCGGCCGAGGAGUUGGCUGCAAAGGCGGCCGAGGCGGCCAGACGUGCCGCGGCCGAGGGAGGCGGGGCUACUGCUGGUGCGGCCCCAAAGCCUGCCCAGUCCAAGAAAAAGAGGCCUCCCACUGACGGCCAGAAGAAAUUGACUGAGGCCGGCCUGAACGUCACCAAGAAGACGAAGAGGGCCCCGUCUCCUUCCCCUGCUACUGAGGCCGGUACUCUUACCGUCCCAAGUGUGGACGAUAGUGGUCCCGUUGUGGACCUUACUGCUGCUCCAAGCGAUGCUGCCCAAUCGCUUCCUCUCGUCCAGGAGCCACAGACGAAGAGGGCCGGCAAGUAGAUUGCCGCUGCCACCUACCAGAAGAUGGUGGAAUACCCCGUCGGCGGGGGUGUUUUUGAUGACGUCGUCCUCGGCCACGAUGUGCUGGCCCAGGCCAUGCCGGCCAAAGAUAGGGCCUACCUGAAGAGGCUCGGGGACGUGAAGGUGUACGAGGGCGGGAUGGACCUCCUCGUCCAAGGUGCCUUCAUGCUCAUGGAGAGCCACAAGAGGCAGUACCGGGAGAUAGCUCGUCUGAAAGAGCUUGAGUAGAAAGCUGCCUCGGCCGAUGAGGCGGUAGCUUGCUUGGAUCGGCUCCGGGAGGAUGCCAAGGCCUUGCAACAGAGGGACGACGAGGCCGCUGCAGCCAGGGACGAUGCCCUGGCCAAACUCGAGGAGAGCCAAAGGGUGCUUGAGGCCGAGCGGCGCAAAAACGAUGAAGCCGUGAAGGCAAAAGCUGAGGCCGAGGCUGCCGCCGUGAAGGCCGCUGAUGAGGCCGUUAAGCAGUUCCUGGCCGAGGGGUGGAAGGCCGAUGAGCGGCUCUCCUGGUGCUAUGAGGUGGUGGCCGCCAGGCUUGAACAUUGGGGGAUGAACUCCCCCGCCGGCCAGGAGUAUUUUAGCAGGGAGAUGGCCGUGUACUAUAACAUGGGCCAGGAGCGGAUGCAGAGGCUCCUGUGUCGGCGGCUGUCUCGUGCUCUUAAGGCCAUGAAUUAUACUUCCGGGUGGGCUAGACGGAACUUGAAGCUUCCCAAGCUGAUGAAAGAUCCCGAAGAGCAGGCCAAGUUUCCUUUGUCGGAGCGGGAGUCCCCCAUCGAGAGUUCCGGCCUCGGUGAGCCGGAUUACACGGAGUUUGACUUCCUGGACGAUGCCACCAGUUCUGCGGCUGCCUCUGGCCAGGAGACUGAGGCCGAGGAGGGAGCCGAAGACGUCGAAGAGCCAGCCGAGGAUGGAGGCGCCCAAGGGGCUUGAUCGGCUACUCCCUGCUCCCUUGUAAUUAGUUUUUUUUUUCAAUUGAUGUAAUGGCCGAAGCGCCCCC